AUGUCCUCCUCCUCGCCCCAGGUCAACGGCCUGCCCCUGCGCUCAGCCUUGAAGACGGACGACGACAGCGACAAGCCCUCCUCCUCGGCCACCACCUCCGGCAAAGUCGUCCAAAUCGCCGAGCCAGAGGCUGAUACCGUCUCGCCCCCAAACCCACCACCUCCCGAACAGCAGGCUCACCAUAAGAGGCAGUACGCCGCCAACAUGGCAAAGAGACUGAGCGGCCGUAUGGGUCUCACGAGCUCCUCCUCCUCUCGCUCAUCUCCGGUUCUGGAACCCUCGCCUUCCCAGUCUUCUGCCGAUGACUCCUCAGCAGCUGCUGCCGCCGCCGCCGCUCAGCAGUCUCAUCACCGUCAUGGCCAGAAACACUACUAUGAAAGCCAGAAGCUGCUCGCUCAGCUUCAUGACUGGCUGGAGCACGAGCGCAAGAAAAAGGCCUCUCGCAAAAGCAAGACGUCCCCCCGCCGCCGCUCGCCGCAGUCCAAGACUAAGAAGGAGCGGUCGCCGGCGCCUGACGCAGCAGCGGAGCCCGCCACCGCACCCCGCCCCCGCUCCGACUCGAUUGAUUCCGAUUCGAGCGAUGUGUCGUUCGACAGGCUACAGAGAAUUAUCGAGGACAGCAUGGCCUCCAUGGGUAUCAACUCGGUCCCUCAGAUGUCCCCCAAGCUCGGCAGGCGCCCCUCUGCCCGCCACCGAAAAUCCCACUCGCGCAGCUUGCUUCACAGGACGGCGAGUUCCGACACCGACUACGUUGGCGACGACGUCGUCGUGCCCACCUGCGACGCCGUCCUCGACAACUCCAAGACACUCAGCUACAGCGGCGGCGGUGGGAAAAGCACCGACGACUUGAGCAAGGCAGACGACAAGGAAAAGGCCUGGGCGACAUUCAAGAAUGAAAUCGUGCGCCUGACGCACACCCUCAAGAUCAAGGGGUGGAGGAGGGUCCCCUUGGAGAGUGGCAACAGUGUCAUAGUGAAGCGUCUCAGUGGCGCCCUGACCAACGCCGUCUAUGUCGUAUCUCCCCCUGAAAAUCUCGAUGAGAAGACGACUGGCAAGAAGCCUCCGCCAAAGCUCCUCUUGCGCAUUUACGGCCUCGAGCAUCUCAUCGACCGUGAAAACGAGCUCAGCGUGCUCCGAAGGCUGGCUCGCAAGAGGAUCGGCCCCAGACUUCUGGGAUGCUUCACCAACGGCCGUUUCGAGGAGUACUUCAACUCCAUCACCCUCACGCCCAGCGACCUGCGUGAGCCUGAGACCUCCAAGCAGAUCGCUAAGCGUAUGCGCGAGUUGCACGUGGGCAUCGACGUCCUGGAACGGGAAAAGGACGAAGGUCCCGCCGUGCUGAAGAACUGGGACUCCUGGCUGAGGAACGUCGAAAAGAAGAUUGCGGCCCUCGACGACGGUGUCCGAAGGGGUAACAGCGUGUUCCGCGGCCACGGCUACGUCUGCGGCCUGGAAUGGCACCGUUUCAAGGAGCUUUACGACAAACACCGUGAACUGGUGCUUAGCGCUUACAAGGGCCACCAGGGGAUCCGCGAACGGCUCAUAUUUGCCCACAACGACACGCAAUACGGCAACAUCUUGCGCAUGCGCCCGGACGACGAAAAGUCUCCUCUUCUGCAGCCCGCCAACGAGCACAAGCAACUCGUCGUCAUCGACUUUGAGUACGCCGCUGCGAACGUCCCCGGUCACGAGUUCGCCAACCACUUUACCGAGUGGGCCUACGACUACCACCACGAAACCCUUCCCUUCCGUUGCAACACGGCCUGCUACCCGACCAUCCAGGAGCAGCGCCGCUUCCUCAAGGCCUACGUCGAGCACCGCCCCCAGUUCACCCAUAGCGCCGCCUCCACCCCGCGGCUCGGCCCCGCCGACGCACCCGCCGGCAGCACCACGCCAGCCCUUCUCCCAACCAGCUCCUCGAGCUCCAUCGUUGAGUUCAUGCUCGACGCCCGCGUGCCGCCGAACCACUGGAAGGACGAGGAGCGCCGCGCCGAGGAGGCCAUCGAGGCCGAGGUCAAGGAGCUGUACGAGGAGACACGCCUGUGGCGCGGCAUCAACAGCGCCAUGUGGGUCGCUUGGGGCAUCGUCCAGGCCAAGGUGCCCGGCUUCGAGUCCCGCGAGGAGAUUGAGCAGCAAGAGAAGCAGGCCCAGAACGAGGCCGCCGCCGCCGCGGGCGACGUCGACGCCAAAGCCGAGGUCCAGGCCGCUGCGGACGCCGAAGAGGACGAGGGCGACGAGUACGACUACCUUAGCUACGCCCAGGACCGCGCCUUCUUCUUCCUCGGCGACUGCGUCAACAUGGGCAUCGUCAAGAAGGAGGACCUCCCCGAGGACGUCCAGAGCCGGAUUAAGAUUGUGGACUUUUGA